AUAUAUGGCCGUGAAUCUAUUUUCACACGUAUGGUUGUGAUUGCGUUGCAUCAAAGAACCACCCCCAAGCUGGCUUGGCAGGCACUUUACAAAGAAGAAGAUCAUGAGAGUUAUAAUAUAUAUGUUGAGAGGGUUUUGCCUCAAAGUGUCACUUCCUCAAAAGAAACCUCCUAUUGGUCCACACCACAUGGCAUCCAUAUAAGUAGAGCCUGGCCUCCUCGGUUUUACCAUGGUUGUCUGGUCCAUAUUUGGUUUUUGAAAUGAUAACACCAUAUAUUUUCACUCAAAUCUAUCCCUGCAGUACUACUUCACAGCCUUGUCUAUAUAUCUAUCAUUCACAACUCCACAUGUACAGAUCAUGAUGGAGUUCCCACCACCACCACCAAUAACACUACCCACAAGCACCAUUUCCAUUUUCUUUUGCUCUCUCUCUCUCUCUUCGGGAACGAUCCUCUGCAACUGCAUUACAGAAAGUCUCUCAUUGUAGCCUUGGAGGAAUUUCAAAAACACAUGUCGCUUUCCUGCUCAAAAAGCUUCUUCAACAGGUUCUGUUUGGAGGAGUUUCAUAUGGAGAGUGCUGUUCGUAGCAGCUUCUUCUCCAGUGAUCUCUUGCCAUCCCUUGGAGCUAGAAUCAACCAGGCAACUACACUUCGAAGAUGCAUAGUUUCGCCUUUCAGUCCCCGUUAUAGGGCUUGGCAGAUGUUACUUGUUGUUUUAGUCAUUUACUCGGCCUGGAUUUGCCCAUUCCAGUUUGCAUUUCUGCCUUACAAGCAAGACGCACUCUUCAUCUUUGACAACAUUGUCAAUGGCUUCUUUGCCAUUGACAUCAUUCUCACCUUCUUUGUUGCAUAUCUCGACAACCAAUCUUAUCUUCUUGUCGAUGACCCGAAGAAAAUUGCAGUCAGGUACAUAUCUACCUGGUUUAUCUUCGAUAUCUGUUCCACGGCACCAUUUCAGUCUAUCAAGCUCCUGUUUACAAACAAAAGCGGCGAACUUGGGUUUACACUACUCAACAUGCUCAGACUAUGGCGUCUAAGACGAGUCAGCUCCCUGUUUGCAAGGUCCAUCCCCAUCCCUAUAUCCAUCCUAUCUUAUCCUAUCUUAUACCUUUGGUUUUCUUCAAAUUCUCCAAUUAUACUAAGCAGUAAGUUUCGUUUCCUUAGACUUGAGAAGGACAUCCGCUUCAAUUAUUUCUGGACUCGGUGCAUAAAGCUCAUAUCUGUGACCCUGUUCGCUGUACACUUUGCUGGAUGCGUAAAUUAUCUGAUUGCAGACAGAUACCCUGAUCCAAAAAGAACCUGGAUUGGUGCAGUAAACCCAAAUUUCAAAGAAGAUGGUAUUUGGGACCGAUAUGUAACUGCUAUUUACUGGUCUAUCACGACAUUGACAACUACGGGAUACGGGGAUUUGCAUGCUGAAAACACCAGAGAGAUGAUGUUCGAUAUCUUUUACAUGCUGUUCAACUUGGGAUUGACAUCUUACCUCAUUGGCAACAUGACUAACCUUGUUGUUCACUGGACAAGCCGCACUAGAAACUUCAGAGAUUCAGUCAGAGCUGCCUCAGAAUUUGCAGCACGAAAUCACUUGCCUCCAAGCAUACAGGAUCAGAUGCUUUCACACAUAUGUCUCAAGUUCAAAACAGAAGGAUUGAAUCAACAAGGGACCUUAAAUGGUCUACCAAAGGCUAUUCGUUCAAGCAUCGCAUACCAUCUCUUCUUCCCCAUCGUUGAAAAAGUCUCUCUCUUUCAAGGGGUUUCUCGUGACUUUCUUUUCCAACUGGUUUCAGAAAUGGAGGCGGAGUAUUUUCCGCCCAAGGAAGAUGUGAUUCUGCAGAAUGAGGCUCCAACAGAUCUUUAUAUACUUGUCUCAGGCGUGGUGAAAUUCCUUUGCCAUACUGAUGGGCGUGAUAAAGAUCUUGGAGAGGCAGUUGCAGGAGAUUCGUUUGGAGAGUUUGGAGUCUUAUGUUAUCGGCCGCAGCCUUUCUCAGUUCGGACAACUGAGAUUUCUCAAAUCCUACGACUCAACAGAACUUCACUGAUGAAUGCUAUACAAGCAAAUGCAGAGGAUGGACGCAUUAUUAUGAACAACCUUUUCCAGAAACUGAAGGGGCAGGAAAGCUUAGGCUUUGAAUACGCACACCAGGACCCAGGACUGUUCCUCAGAGAAUGGUUUAAUGAAGAAAGCUUGUCACCUUCAGGAUGUCAAGAUAAUUCAUGCGAAGAUCUACCGAUGAAGGAAGCAAGGGACGUGAGUUUCUCAGGAUUGGAGACUGCAGAGCAGAGCGAAACAGGGAAAUGCCCAAUGUUUGCGAGAUAUGCGACGGACGUAAAUUUGAUAGCCGAGGAUGAUCAGACAGCUCUUCAUGCCGCGGUUCGCAGGGGGCAUCUUGAGAUGGUUAAGAUUCUAUUGGAAGGAGGUGCUAAUGUAAACAAACAAGAUGCCAGAGGAUGGACACCAAAAGCUCUAGCGGAACAGCAAGAAAACAAGAGCAUAUAUGAGCUUUUACUGAGUUAUGAACAUAGAAGGAAACCAGAUGAACACAGAAUAGAUUUAAUUGGGUUGGAAUCAGCUGACAACGGCUUGUAUAGCCAAAACAGACACAGAAGACAACGAGGCCCUCAAUCUGUUAACAACAACUUGAAAAUUGACUCGGCUAGUUCCUGCCCAAGCAGAUUUAGUUGUCCCACUAACACACAAAUGAUUAAAUGGAUGAAAAAGAGAGUCACCAUCCACAUGAAGCUUCAACCCAAUGGUACAUCUCAGAGGCAGCCUGGGAAGUUAAUAAUCUUACCCGAUUCGAUUGAGAAGCUGCUCAAAAUAGCCGGUGAGAAGUUUGGAGGCCACACACCAACAAAAGUCAUUAAUGCAGAGAAUGCAGAAAUAGAUGAUAUAAAUGUAAUUCGAGAUGGUGACCAUCUGUAUUUCCUUCAUAACGAGUGUGAAAAGAUGGAUUGCGAAGUGACCUAAUGGUUACUUAAGGCAAUAAUGUA